UUUGACAUUAUGGAAGGGUACUCUUGGAAAACAAAAGACUGUAGAAGAAGGAGUCGCAAGCUGCAACACGUUUUAGUCUUUUAGAGGAUGAAAAAGACGAAAAUUCCAUAGUAAGAGGAUGAGGAGGACGAAUUGACAGUGAGAUCAUUGAACAAUUGCUUGGCGUGGUACCAGUGUUUGAGGAGACAACCAGUUCCGAACAAUGGACAUUAUAUUUGUACUAGUUCAAGCCGAGGAGACUUCAUAAAUCUUGCUCUUGUUUGCUUGUUUAAUGAAAUGCCAUGGGGGUAGCUUUGGUUAAAUCUAUGGGUAACAGGGGGCGAGUAAGAUGGGAUGAGACAAAUCUGGUGGAAAUUGAGGCAAAUAAGCCUGUAAGGCAGAAAAUCACUGAACCAAAGACUCCAUAUCACCGCAUGGUCGAUGAUGAUGGUUCUCUGUCCCCUAUCUGUGGCAGCUUUGACGAGUGUGCAGGUGACGCGAUGCGUGCUGAAGAGUUAAUGACUGCUUUGAAUGAUGUGGCCUCCUCAAGUGGAAACUCCACUAGGAGACCUACUGGCUGGAUUUCAUCUGAAGAUGAAGCUGAUCCUAUGGAGCAAGAUGGAGAUUCCGAGUCGGAUAGGAGUGCAAAUUUCAAGAAGCACAGGCAAGCACACUACGAUGAGUUUUUGAAGGUCAAAGAACUGCGACGUAAGGGUUCAUUCCUUGAGGAUGAAGACGAUGAUGUCGAAGAUAAAGAUGGGAAAUGUGAUUCUUCUUCAUCCUUAAGCGCUGGAGUGAGAGAUAUAGACAUCGAAGAAGGUAACUCAACUUCACCUAAACAGUCAGCUUCACAUCCAACUAAUGGUGCUUAGAAGCCACCAAGGGAUUCUGACACUCAAGUGAAAUUGGGUUUCUCUUUCUCAAACUCCUCGUUGUUGUUCUAGCAUAUAAAACAAUCAUCUAAUUACUGUUUGGUCUUCUGCAAAUGACAGUAUUUGUACAUAUACACUCCCUCCCAUAUCUCGCUUUGUUGUGAUCAAUUUGCAGAUAUUUUCUCUGAAAGGAUUUAAAGGAAAUAAACCCAACCUUUUUGUGGAUUC